AUGAAGACUAUCUUAAUUGCAUUUAAUCUUUUGGCUCUAGCCUUAUCUGCUACUACAAUAACUAUUUCAUAAGUAUAUUAAUGCUCAUGCAUAAAUGCAUUGGUUUAGUCAGAUUGCCUAACAGAUUUUUGUUUAUGGGAUUCAACUUCAGGAACUUGUUCAAAUAAAGCAUGUUCAGUAUUUGACUAAGGAGAAUGUGAAGGUGUUCCUGACCCAUUUAAUUGCGUCUGGAAUUAUUCUUCAAAUAAAUGUGAAAGCUUUACCUAAUGUUCUGAUUAUACCUUCACUAUUGGGAAUUCAGGAGAUUGCAAUAACAAACUUAUUAGAUGUUAAGCUGAUCUAGAUUCAAUUAACAGUAGUGCUGGAACAAUAAAGUGCAAAGAUAGAACUUAAGAUGCUGUUUUAAGCAUUGACAAUUGUAACCUAUUACCAUAUGAUUCCUGUUAUUGGUUUAUGACUCCUGAUUCCAAAUAAUGCUUAUAAAAUAAAACUGCAAAAACAUGUGAAGCAAAAACCAUUACAAAAUGUUCAGAUUAUACUUAAGAUAACUGUAAUCUCCUAGCCUGCUAUUGGAAUAAUAAUGCAUGUACUGAGCUAUCAUGUUCAAUAUUACCAUAGGAAUCUUGUAGCGUAUAUCUCUCAUUUGAUACAAAAUCCCUUACAUUUUGCUCUUGGAAUGGAAGUGCUUGUGUUGAUUUAAAUAUAGCAAGUUUGACCUAAUCCUAAUGUUUAAAUUCAACCUAUUUUACUUAUCGUUGGAAUCCUGAUACUCAAAAGUGUGAUCUCUGUGUAACCCCAGAUGAUGAUUCUAACUCUCAUUGGAUUUUAAAUGGAUCAAUCCUCUUGGCGAUUGUAUUAUUAAAUGGAAUUUGA